AUGAAGACCGUUUUCGCCAUCGCUGCCUUCGCGGCCGGCACCAAUGCCCUCGUUGGCCGCAGCGAUAGCUGUUGCUUCCACCUGACUGCCUCCGGCAGUCUGUCCGGAUCCCUUGGCCAGCUCAGUGAUGGUCAGGUUCGUCUCGGUGACGACAGCCUGUCUGCUGCGGACUUCUGCAUCAACUCGAGCGGUGCUAUCACUGAUAGCGAAGGCCGUGGCUGCAUCGUUACUAGCGAGACUACACAGUUCCAGUGUGACACUGGUGCCAAUGCCACCACUGGUUUCUCUAUCAACUCGAACGGUGGCCUUGAGUACCACAACAGCCCUCGUUUCAUUGCCUGUGAGACUGGACAGAACAAUGGCCGUAACAUCUACACUACCAACAGCACUUCCGUGACCAUGUGCAAGAACAUCGAGCUUACUGCCGAUUCUUGCUCUGGCUCCGGUGCCGGUGCUUCGUCGUCGCCCAAGCCCUCUGCUUCUGCUUCUGCUUCCAGCAUCCCGGUGGCCCCUAGCAGCUCUGCUGCUACCCCGGCUCCCAGCUCCCCUGCUCCAGUCUACACCUCUCCUGCUGCCUCGGCUCCUAGUGCCCCGGCCCCGGUCAACAGCUCCCCCACUGCUGGCUCUGCGCCUGCCCCGUCUGCUGCUACUCUCUCGGGCUCGCCUAUCUAUGUGACCAGCACUGUUACGGUUACUGACUGCAGCUGCGCCAAUACCACUCCCGGUCUUCCUGUUCCCAGUGGAGGUGCAGGCUCCGCUCCCAGCGGUUCUCCUGCCCCCUCUUACUCUCAGGCACCGGCUCCUAGCGGCUCUUCUCCUUCUGAGAGCGCUCAGCCUUCUGGACCUAUUGGUGGCUCCACCCCCAGCGCCUCUGCUGCCCCCUCUCCCUCCCAGAGCGUUCAGCCCUCCGCACCUGCCGGUGGUUUCUCUACCUCCGCUUCCCCCGUUGAGUCCGUGGCACCCACCACUAGCUCCAUGGUCGCUCCCGCUCCCAGCACCACCGCAGUCCAGUCUUCGGCCUCCUCUACCGCGACCCAGUCGUCUGCUAGCAGCUGUGCCACCACCCUCACCUCCGGCGAGUACCAGUACCCCCACCUGAUCAUCCCCAUCAACUCCUCUACCCCCGAUACCGCCUACGGCACCCAGUACUUCGGCACUGUUCGCGACACCGUCUCGACCAUCUUCAACUUCGACAUCCCGUCCUCGUACGAGGGUUCGACCUGUAACCUGGUCUUCAUGUUCCCCCAGAAGGCCGAUCUCGAGACCUCCGACUACACCUUCAGCGGUGAUGGCAAGAUUGACUUCUCCAAGCUGUCUGAGGUUGCUAGCAGCUCCACCACCUACAACAACGCUCCCUCCGUCUCCGAGGACCUUGGUGACAUCACUAUCUCUGCUGGUAACAGCUACGUUGUUUCCUCCUUCUCUUGCCCCGCUGGCGAGACCGUCGCCUAUGAGAUGUCCGAGGCCGGUACCACUGACCUCUACUGGUUCAACGACUGGAACCCCUCUCCUCUGGGUCUCUUCAUUACCAAGUGCUAA